CGCGCGGAUGGGUUUGUGGCUCUAUGGUACAUGUACAUGUACAUGUAGACUGAAGUUAGUACGGCGCUUGUCUCUAGAAAAUUUGCCAAAAUGCCACUCUCCAAAAUCAUUCUUCUGCUCUCUUGUGGAAUAAACAUGUUUUUCACGGUUCAUGGUGAGGUCACGAAUGGGACUGCUUACUAUGAUAACCAGCACCGGCGCUACUAUGUCAAAUGUGGCCAGUUGGACAAAGGUGACGGAUCCCUAGCCUACGGAACCUUCAACGACACCUCCGAUAAGACGGGAUGGGGUGUCCUGAAUGUCAAAUUCAGCAACCCCUCCGUGGAUUUCCAGGAGGACCUGACACGGAUGACUGCUGCCGGUGUGAUGGAAGGAAUUCUUACCGGAGAACGAAUUCACCAAAACUACAUCAACUAUGCCCAGACCUUCCUGGCCGGUAAGCCGGCAUUUGAAGCCAAGCUGAUGGCCUUUCUCAUGGAGCAGAAUUUGUGGAUGCGAGAGAUGAUCUCUAAGAAUCCAAACGAUCCAUUUUGGCAAGGGUUGUCCCUGGUGGCAGCGCAGUUGGACGGGCUCGUCAUCGGUUACAAUAUGGUAUCCUGCCAGAACAAGACUCUGCCUAAUCUGGACUUGUCUGCGAUGUUGUUCUUAAAUGGCAUUGGUGAUAUCCUAGACCUGCAGCAUGUCCUGAACCAGUCAAGUUUUCCUGACAUCCAGAAGGCAACGCCUGAUGAGCUGCAGAAAUUUUUCCGAAUGAGUGGGCACUGUUCAGUUCUUAUCAAGGCUCUGCCUGGCUUUGAGGACCUAUUCAUGUCACAUUCAGCCUGGUUUUUCUACAACAGCAUGCUGCGCAUCUACAAGCACUACAACUUUGAGCUUGCAUUCCGCGGUGCCAGUGCAAAGGCCAUGUCAUUUUCCAGUUAUCCAGGUAUGUUGGAAUCCUUGGAUGACUUCUACAUUCUCGGUAGUGACAUGCUGAUGUUGCAGACAACAAACAACAUCUUUAACCAAACCCUGUACAAGAUGGUGAAGCUGGAGUCUCUGUUGGCAUGGCAACGGGUUCGGGUGGCCAACCUGAUGGCAGGCAGUGGGGCGGAGUGGGGAAAACUCGUGGCCAGAUACAACUCAGGCACCUACAACAAUCAGUACAUGGUUGUAGACAGAAAGCGCAUAUCGGGGGAACUCCAGGAUGGGACGCUGACCGUAGUAGAGCAAAUCCCAGGGCUGGUGGUGUCUGAGGACCAAACAGCUAUUCUCAGAGCAGGUUACUGGCCCUCGUACAAUGUACCUUUCUAUGAGAUCAUCUAUGACAUGAGUGGCUACCCAAUGAUGGAGAAGAAGAUGGGGGAUUUUUUCUCAUAUCAGCUGACAGUACGAGCUGAGAUUUUCCGGCGUGACCAAGGCACUGUCACGGACAUGAAGUCAAUGAUGGCCAUCAUGCGAUACAACGACUACCUUCAUGAUACUUACUCGAAAAAGGAUCCGAGUUCGUCUAUCUGCUCUCGUUUUGACCUCAGAGCCACUGAUCCCUUUGCUGGGGGCUGCACAGAUACCAAGGUUACCAAUCUACAGAUGGCUAAGACUAUGUCUGCAUGGGCUAUCAGUGGUCCCACCACUAGUCACGGCCUUCCGGUCUUCAAGUGGACCAGCAGAUUCAAUAAUUCCCACGUCGGCCUCCCGGAAUCCUACGACUUCCCAUUCGUGCUUAUGGAACCAAGUUUAUGAAGGAUGCCCUCAGUUCUUGACAGGUCUGCUCAGACUUGUGAAAUCCAAACACCUGUUUGACCUCUGAAGUUUUACUGUAAUUAAGCACUUUUGAAAUACCCAACGUAAUCAGUUUAAAGAUUUUACUUUGGGAAGAGGUUGCUUUUCAUACAUUUGUACUAUGAAACUGCAGAAUGAAUUUCCAAAGAUUCUCAUUCCAUUACAAAUAGACAUUAGUUUGGAAAUGUGGGAGUUAAAUGUGAAAAAUGAAUGAUUUUGAUAUCAAGUGUGUAAUUCCAACAUCACUGAACUUGGAACAUUUGUAUCGGAUAUGGGCUUGUUUCCUACUGGAAUUAAGUCGCGUAACUUGCGCAUACUAUCUGAAUACCCUCUACAUUGACAAGCUUUAUCCAUGUGAAUCCUUUCCUCAUGCCAAAUUUAAAUGGGUAGUACACUGUAUACAUUUUAAAAUGAAAAAAAAAUUGUCUAUUUGUAAAUUUAAAAUUGGUAUCACGAACAUGCUAGAACGUCUUGAACUGCAAUCAAGAACAGUACUGUAAUUUUCAGAAAAACUGAAUACAUGUAUAUUGAACACACUCUCUGUGUUGUGAAUUGUGAAAUAUUGUUUACAACAAAAUAUUUUAUGUAUUACAAUUAUGGCUGAAAUACAAAUCGUUAGUAAACCUGUUUUGUUUGCAACAAACCACAAAACAUGAAACGAGAAGUUGAAAUUCUCAACACAACUUUAAGAAAACACUGAUACAGACUCAUUGAAUUAAAAUCGUUUUCUUUAUAUCAUAUUCUAAGUCUCAUUUUAACCAUAGAAACUUUAAAAUUACACAAAGUUGUACACAAAGUUGUUUAUACGAAACAAACUAAUGUCUAACAAUUGAAGAGAACCUCAAACAAUAAAGAAGUGUACAUGGCAGUUUGGAAUACUUACAACCUUCAAUAGUGUGAAAAACUUUUUUAUUACAUUUUUAUUUUUAUAACUCUCUUGGGAGGUGUGUGUGUGUAGGGGGGACUAGUAAGGAGAAAAUGUCCUUGACAUGGUCCUGCCAACCUCUUUCAAGAACUUUUUAUUUUACAUGCACAAUGUACUUCACAACAUUGAAAUCCGAGUGUAUGUGUCUCAAACAACUGACUUCAAAUUACCAGUGCAUGUAUGUGUGUGGCUUUUCUCGGCUUCCAUCCCUAAGAUUUGUGGGAUCACAAAGCCAUUCACACAAAUGCAGGAAAACCACAAAAAUCAAGUAAACAGAAAAAACACUUUGGAACAAACAUUUUUACAAACUUAAAAUGGAACAUGAAAAACAGGUAACCUUUUUGAACACAUACUAUCACACAGAAUCAGUUUGGGGCUGAAUUUACAGAAUUUCGGACUUAAAUAAUAAUAUUGUUAUUCCUUUCUUCAAACCAAAAAUAUGUGUACAUGUACUAGAAAUGAUGUGACUAUUCUUUCGUUUUACAAAAGUACAAAAAAGUAACCCAAACAAUUGUGAAAUUCCACUUUUGUUGAAUACUUGGCCUUUUCAGAGAAUUCUUAUCCAAAUAUGUAUAAAAAUACUUUUUUAAAUGCUAAAUAAAAUGAAUAAAAUGCUGUAAUUCAUUAAAGAAUUAGGGUAUUAAAGGUUAAUGUACUUUCGUAUUUUUUUCCCAUUUUGGUAAUCCAAGAAUCCAUAACCGCCAUGUUCAAUGCUCUGUUAACACUUCCACAACUUCUUGUUGAAGAAUUUGUAGGCUGACAUAUUGGAAUUGCUAAAAUAGUGGAACACUAAAAGCUCACGGUGGUAGAAUGAAGUUGAUACAUGUACUCUCAUGAAGGUAUUAAAGAUGAGUUUUUUUUUGACAGAAAGUGAUCUUGGUAUGUAAAAUACCACUUCACAGGACUCAGAAAGUGUUUAAUUCCCAAAUUUGACUUGUGCCAUUGUUGCCUUUACAUGUAUGAAUCCCACCCUCUCCUUGCUGCCAAAAAUCAGAUUCCAAGGGUUUUAUGAAGU